CCAGCAUGGCGCAUGAAGACCAUCUCGCAGCCCAUCAGCAACUACAACAAAACCAAGAAACGCCCAGCACCGAAGGAUCUCAACUAUCACCUUCAGCUCUAGUCAGCCCUUCACCAGGAUACUACAUUCCAAAUAUCCUAGUCUUGUAACCUCAAUCCGGCCUACGUCCCCCAAGAACCAAACCUAUAUAAACCAGACUUCAACCCCCUCGUUCCCAUUGCCAGCAACACAGACUCACCAGCUCACAACCCAACGAACUCCAACUUUUCCCCUCCUCAAACCUAUAAUUCACAGUCCACCACAAUGCAACUCCUCACCUACCUCCCCCUCGUGCUCAGCCUGAGCACCCACAUCCUCUCAGCUUCUUGGGGUAUCAAGGCCUGGUACAGCGACAACUGCAGUGGCUCCCUGCUGACGCACAUCGAGAACUCACCCAAGACGGGGUGUUUCAACUUCGACAAGAAAGAGGGGUACGGGAUCCGCUCGGUCAAUGGGAACUUCAACAGCAAGGACUACCACAUCACGAUCUAUCCCAAGGAGAACUGCAAGGGAACGGCGGCGUGGUCCGGCAAGAGCAUCAGUCCCCAGAAGUGCGAGGUGUUCAAGGAGUGGACCUCGAAGGUCGUCAUGUACUCGUACAAAGUCACUGCUGCUUAGGCUUUUGUCGGGGGAUUGGAGGGGGUGAGUUGCUUUUGUCUGGCUUGUACCAAAUCGCAGGUUCUUAGGGAGAUGACUGACGUUGCGGUGCAGGUACGGGGAUAUCGCUGCGCCUAUGGCGUCAAAAUAUAUAUUUUUCUUCCU